AUGUUCAAUGAACCAAUAUCACCACCCUCUUCAACACCCUCAUCCCCACCUUACUACACCAUCUCCUCUGACUCAGAACCUUCUGACCCCCAAUCUCCCACCUUGGCUCAGUUUCAGGCGCAUGCCCUUUCCAUACACCACCAACCUGAACCAGAAGCCACCAUUCCACUACCAUCAGAACAACCAACAACACCACCAUCUGAAACACCCUCUGAAAACCCUAUCAUCCCUAACUCUGAACCUCCCACUAAAACUACCCACACACCACCAGCAUCUCCAUCUCCCACUCCUAAACCAGAACCUACCUUCCCCACCCUGGAAGAAGCAAUUACUUUAUUUGUUGAGUCUUUAGUGGAGAAGAUAAGAUCUCUCUCUGAGAAUUCUGGUAUUAGUGACGAUCCCUCUGCAGUGAGGAUUCACUGGAACAAAGUGAUCAGAUGGAUGACCUCUGAGGCUUUCAAGCUAAAAUGCCUCUCUGAACAAGAUCGUAACGACUUUAUCAAGGAAGCUGGAGAAAGGCUGGAGGCACGUCUAGUCAGAGAGGCAGAAGAGAAGGCUCGUAUGGAAGAAGAGCAAAGGGCCAGAGAAGCUGCAGAAAAGGUUGUUGUUGAGCUGCUGCUGCUGCUGAAGUUGAAGCAAAAGCUAAAGCUGAUGCUGAAGAAGCAACACACAUAG